CUCAGUGAGAGCUCUGUCCCGGCAGGAAGAUGGCGUCAGUCAGGAUCAGGAUGCAGUCGUGCGUGUUUUCACUUCUACUUGUCAACGUUUUCUACAGCUCCGUCUCCUCUUUGUACUUUCACAUCGGAGAGACCGAGAAGAAAUGUUUCAUAGAGGAAAUCCCAGACGAGACCAUGAUUAUCGGAAACUAUCGGACUCAGCUUUAUGAUAAACAGAGAGAGGAGUAUCUGCCGGCCACUCAGGGUCUGGGCAUGUUCGUCGAAGUCAAAGAUCCUGAUGACAAGGUGAUCCUGUCCCGGCAGUACGGCUCAGAGGGACGCUUCACCUUCACGUCGCACACACCUGGAGAACAUCAGAUCUGUCUGCACUCCAACUCCUCCAAGUUCUCCCUGUUUGCUGGAGGCAUGCUGAGGGUUCACCUGGACAUCCAGGUUGGAGAACACGCCAACAACUACGCCGAGAUCGCCGCCAAAGACAAACUGACGGAGCUGCAGCUGAGAGUCCGGCAGCUGGUGGAACAGGUGGACCAGAUCCAGAAGGAGCAGAACUACCAGAGGUACCGUGAGGAGCGUUUCCGUCUGACCAGCGAGAGCACCAACCAGCGGGUCCUGUGGUGGUCCAUCGUCCAGACUCUGAUCCUCGUCGCCAUCGGCAUCUGGCAGAUGAGACACCUCAAGAGCUUCUUCGAAGCCAAGAAGCUGGUGUAAACUUAUUUUCUGUGAAAGUGUGUGUGUGUGAAUGUUUGUGUGAGUGUUUGGUCUCUACUGAUGAUGCAGCGCUGAGCGGCAGCGGCCGUCGGAGGAGGAGGAGGAGGAGGAGGAGGAACUGCAGAGGAGACGGGACACAGAGAAAUCCACCUGCACAAUUUGGCUUGAAAACGACAUCUUUAUCAUUUUUACUCUUUUUGUCAGCAGCCCUGUUUGUGUUGAACCCAGCAGAACAUCAGGGAACAAAUAUUUAUUCUAACACCCACAGACGAGUUGAUGCUUUUAGAUUUGGACUCAUGUUGGUUCCAGUCUUCAUGUUUCACACACACACACAAAUGUUCAGUCCCAUUUUUCCUGUUUGGUUUCUGAUCUGUUACUGGCCACCAGAGAUAUUGAUCCCAAGGAAACAGAAAUCUUCUCCUUUGUCUCCGAACGAUGACAGAAAUUCUACUCGAUCGUUUUGUGAGUUCAGUGAUUGUUGACACUGCCAGGACUUUUGAGUUUCACAGAAAAGCUGAAUUCAUGUUCUCAGACUAAAUAUUCAGCUUCCAAGUGAUAAAUAAAUCUAAGAAUAUUCUCAGAUUUUUAUUUUGACAGUUUGUUCUUUCUCCUCAGUUACUGAGAUUUUCUUUCUUUCCUUAAAUCAGUCUGAUUGUGUUGAUCGGUAGUUUUCAGUUUUGGAGGGUAGGAUCUAAAUCGUUUUUUUGACGCUGAAACAGGGACUUGAAAUUCAGUUUUCAUGUGAAAUCUUUAAAGAAAUUGCACUUGAAAUAAAGUUUUGUCACGUUUUGGUUUUCGAAGGGUGGUGUCGGGAUUUUGACUUUUUUUUUUUUUUGGUUGUAGUUGUUGUUUUGUUUUUAACAUCCUCAUCAGAAGUCCAGCUCAUAGAGUCAUCCAGACACAAGAGUUUUUAUACGCUGUAACUAUAUUUUAUUUUGAGGAGAAUAAAAAGAUCUGAAAAUAAAUGUGACUGCAAAAUGGAAUAAAAAUUAAAACUAAUUCAAAAAACGAC